AUGGCAGUGACAGACCCCAAAACUGUACAGGACCUAAACCCUGUGGUUCGUACAUUUCUCCAGAAGAUGCAGGACAAAUUCCAGACCAUGUCAUAUAAGAUAAUUGGCCAAAUUGAUGAUAUGAGCAGUUGCAUUGAUGAUCUGGAGAAAAACGUCGCUGACCUUAUGACACAAGCAGGGGUAGAAGAAAUAGAAGGGGAAAACAAAAUACCAAUUACAUGUAAUAGUUUAAGAUUUUGUUAA